AUGGAGCUGUCACAUAGUCUAACACUUAAUGAGGAAGCCUACAAUCAAAUUCCUGAGCAAAAACGCCCCGUGUUCGUCUUCGAAUGGUUAAGAUUCCUAGACAAAGUUCUUGGAGCAGCGCAGAAGUCUGACAUAAAAGGAUGUCAAAAGAAACUUGUGGAACAAUUGACUGCACAUAUGCAACAUUCACCAGGUCCACCGACUAGAAAACUUAUUGCCAGAUGCAUGGCAACUCUCUUCUCAGUUGGUGACACUUUCUUACUCUUUGAGACUGUCAACAAAUGCAAUGACAUCUUGAAGAAUAAAGACGACUCUCCGAGUUUCCUUCCAACGAAAUUAGCUGCCAUCAGCGUUGUUGGUUCGAUGUAUGAACAACUCGGUCGAAUGAUGGGAAGAUCAUAUGAAGAAACUGUUCAAAUUCUUUUAAAGUCAUUACGAAAUGCUGAAUCACAGAUGCGAAUCGAAAUCAUGAUAACGUUAGAGAAAGUUUGUGCAGGAAUGGGAAAUGCAAUUUCGAAUGUUCACAAAGAGAUUUACAAAUCAGUUCGUGUUUGUUUAUCAGAUCGUGUAAUGUCAGUGCGUGUUGCAGCUUCAAAUUGUCUUUUGGAAAUGUUGAAACAUGCGCCGUUUCUCUACACAACUGAACUUGAAUCGAUGGCUUCGCUUUGCUUUCGUGGAUUUGAAGGAUCGACAUAUGAAGUCAGAUGUGCUGUGGCAAAUUUGUUAGGAAAUUUAAUCGCUCAAACUCAACUCUAUCAGCAGGCUAAUGGAAAAAGUUUAGCAGCAACUCAAACACUUCCAUCAUCAUCGUCAGGGAACAAAUUACGGCCAACAUCGUUGGAUGAAGCUUUGGGAAUUUUAAUGUCAGGUUUUCUUCGUGGCGGUGCUUCUUUCUUGAAAGGAACUGGAGAAAUGAUUAAAGGAUCUUCAGGAUUGAAUCGUGAAGUUCGUGUCGGUGUCACUCAUGCUUAUGUCAUCUUCAUUCAAACAAUGGGAUCAGUUUGGCUAGAGAGAAACAUGCAAACCUUCCUUGUUCACAUUCUCGAUUUAGUGGCCAAUCCUAAAGCAGCUUCGUCACAUGUCGAUGCUGUUUAUUCACGUAAAUGUAUCAACUUCAUCCUACGAUCGAUUGUUGGUAAAAUGUUAGGUGAAAAAGCUCAAUCAUCAGCAUGCAAGGAAUUGAUACAUAUCGUUGCAAAACAAAUGAAUUCCAUUGACUUUAAUCCUGAGAAUGCUAAAGACGCGAAUCAAGAAACACUUUUCAGUCAACACUUGUUGGUUUGUGCACUGCAAGAAUUGGGAAGUCUCACAAUAGGACUCGGAACAACUGCACAAAAUCUUCUUUCAGAUCAAUCUUUAAACUUUAUCGAUGCAGUUUGCGCUGUUCUUGUUCAUCCUUGUCUUGCAGCACGUCUUGCUGCUGCAUGGUGUCUUCGAUGUGUUUGUGUUGCUGUUCCAAGUCAAAUUACUCCCUUAAUUGAUCGUUUUCUUGAUGCAAUUGAGAAGAUGAGGUCAUCACCUGAUGCAAUAUCUGGUUACAGUGGAGCACUUGCAGCAGUCGUUGGCAGUGUCAAAUAUUCGCCUUUGGGCGUUCCACACACGAAAGGAAAAAUUAUUUUCAACACAGCUGAAGAGUUGUUGAGAACUGCAAGUCAAAACUCACGUCUUAGCUUGAAUCGCACACAGAGUGGAUGGCUUCUUAUCGGUUCUAUUAUGACACUUGGAGUUCCAGUGGUGAAAGGUUUACUGCCAAGAAUGUUGUUGUUAUGGCGAAAUGCUUUUCCAAGAUCAACGAAGGAGUUGGAAUCGGAAAAAGCUCGAGGCGAUGCUUUUACUUGGCAAGUGACACUUGAAGGACGUGCUGGAGCUUUAUCCGUCAUGCACAGUUUCCUGCUUAAUUGUGGCGAACUUUUGACUGAUGAUAUUACGAGAAGGUUGCUGACACCCAUUGAAAGCGCUCUGGCGAUGCUAAUCAAUAUUUCGCCGAUUAUUAAGAGUUAUGGUCAACACUUGAAAGCACCAGCAGCAAUGGUUCGACUUCGUUUAUACGAAACUUUAACUUUACUUCCUUCAAACUCCUUGGAAUCUUCUUACACGCAUUUGCUGCGAAUGUUGAUGGAACCAAAUCGUAAAGCUGAUGAUCAUUUACAACCAAACAGUGCUUCCGGUUCUGGAGCUUUAGAACACGAUCCUUGUUGUCUUUAUCGACCGCUAUCGAAAUCCGAACAAUGUCCUGGACCACUUCCACUUGGUGUAACUGUCAUCGACACAAGUGCAAUGCUUUUUGGGAAUAUUUUCUCUCGUGUGUCAAAUAAACAUCGACUGCAAAUGUUGGACCAUUUCGGUGAGUGCAUAAAGCAUGCAAAGAGUCAAAGACAAGAAGCUGUUCAAAUGAACAUCUUCACCGCAUUACUGUGUGGAUUGAAGGGAUUGACGGAAAGUAAAAGUUCAAUUGGUCAGGAAGAUGUGAGAAAGUCAGCAACGACAUUGAUCAUCAACGCUCUUGUCAGUACAAAUCCAAUCUUAAGAUGUGCUGCUGGUGAAGCUUUAGGAAGAAUCGCGCAAGUUGUUGGAGAUUCACGCUUCACAGCUGAACUUGCACAAACAAGCUUCGAUCGAUUGAAGUCAGCACGAGAUGUUGUGACAAGAACUGGUCAUUCACUUGCACUUGGAUGUUUACAUCGUUAUGUGGGUGGCAUGGGAUCGUCACAACAUUUGAAUACAAGUGUCAGUAUUUUACUUGCAUUAGCACAAGAUGGAUCAUCUCCAGUUGUUCAAGUGUGGUCACUUUACGCAUUGUCGUUGAUUGCUGACUCUGGUGGUCCAAUGUUCAGAGGCUACAUCGAACCAGCUUUGUCAUCGGGACUUAAAUUAUUAUUGACAGUUCCGCAAUCACAUGUCGACGUUCAUCAAUGCAUUGGACGAGUUUUGGCGGCACUCAUCACAACCAUCGGUCCUGAACUUCAAGGCAAUGCGACUUCAAUUUGUUCAGUCAGAUCGAACUUCCUUUGUGCUUGUGCAGUUAUGCAAGCUCAUUCAGAUCCAUUGGUUCAAGCGGAAGCGACUGGAUGUCUACAACAACUUCAUCUCUUCGCACCACGUCAUGUCAUUCUAUCAACACUCGUUCCAACACUUUGUCGCAAUCUUUCAAGUAAUUAUCUUGUGCUGAGAAAAGCUGCAAUUUCCUGUCUUCGACAGUUGACGACAAGAGAAGCAAAAGAAGUAACUGAACAUGCAAUUUCCAUUUUUACUGAUGAUGAUGGUUUAUUGUCGGAAUAUGGUUUGAUGGGAAUGUUAUUUGCAAUGUUAGAUACCGAAUCAGACCCGGAAAUGAUUAAAAACAUUCACGACACAAUUGUGUCGAUGCUUCAAAUGUUGGCAGCUGAUAAUUUGUCGCAAUGGUUGAGCAUGUGCAAACGUGUUUUGACAGUCGCUUCUGAAAGUGAAAUGGCAGCCGAAGGGCUGAAAAUUGAAAGUGAAGCGGAUGAAGAUGAUGAUAAUGCUGAGUUUCAUACUGACGAAUCGACACAAACACAUCCAGCUGUUCAACCACGUUGGAUGACGCGUGUUUUUGCUGCUGAAUGUGUUCGAAGAAUCAUCACGACAUGCGAGCAAGGAAAUGCCAAACAUUUCGAUUUAAUUGCAGCGAAAGAUUUGCAUAAUCGUGGAGAUUAUCUUGUGCUUCAUUUGUCAGAUCUUAUUCGAAUGUCGUUUAUGGCAGCGACAAGUGAUUCAGAUCAAUUACGACUUGAAGGGUUGAAAACACUUCAAGAAAUUAUCGAUAAAUUUGCGAGAGUUCCAGAACCCGAAUUUCCCGGUCAUUUACUUCUUGAACAAUUUCAAGCACAAGUUGGUGCUGCUUUACGUCCAGCAUUUGCAACUGAAACUCCAUCACAUGUGACAGCAGCAGCUUGUGAAGUUUGCAGUGCAUGGAUAGGCUCAGGUGUAGCGAGAGAUUUGAAUGACUUGCGACGAGUUCAUCAAUUGUUGGUGCAAAGUUUAAGUAAAUUACAAACAAAGACAAAUUCGACGCAACUUUAUAAUGAAAGUAUGACGACACUUGAGAAGUUGAGCAUUUUGAAAGCGUGGGCGCAAGUUUACAUCGUUGCAAUGCUUAGCAAUGGUUCUUCACCAGCGAAUCACGUGCUGAAGAAGCUGAAAAGUGUUCAGAAUUCAUUUUCAGCUCCAUCCGAUGAUGAAAUCUUUGAAGAUUACGAAUCACGUGGUGAAAGUUUGUUGAGUCUCGUGCAACCAGAAUUGGAGAAUUUAUCAAGAAAUUGGUUGGCUGCAUUACGUGAUUAUGCGUUGUUGUCACUUCCACCAGAAUAUUCAAGUCAACUUCCACAUGAUGGUGGUGCUUUCUCCACACCCGACACAAUCAACAGUUCAAAACCACAUUACCAGUCAUCAUGGCCGCAAAUUCUCUACGCUGCUUCAUUAUGGCUUAAUUCAGGUGGUUUUGAGUUGGGCUUAAAGCCGACAACUACCUCUGAGAAUGACAUGAACAACAGCGAAGCAAAAACCCAAACAAUAUCUCAUGGUAGUUUAAGUGCUGAUCGUUUUCAUCUCAUUUUUGGUAUCUGCAUGGAGUCGUUGUGCUCGACCAGAUCAAAUGAGAAAUUGGAUUGCGUCAUUGCAUGUUUGCAAUCACUUUACACAAUUUUCGAUUCGAAAUGGGCACGAACAACAAUGAAUAAGGAUAAAGAAUUAUUAAUUGAACUUUGCAAUGUUCUUUAUCGUCAAAUUUUAACCAGAGAUAGUUUGGAAGUUCAACUUCUUUCCAUUGAAAUAAUGAAGCAAUCAAUUUUAAUUGCAAAAGAAUCGCUUGAAAGAAAUGUUAAAGAUGGAAAUGGAAAUGAGAAUGUUGAUGACAAUAGAAAUGAAAAUGAAGAGAAGGAGGAAGAUGAAGAUAAAGAAGAAGCUGAACAUAAUGUUGAACCAGGAAAAUCUCAUGUUUAUGCUGUACUGGAAGUGACGUUAUGUCUUCUCGCUCGACAUUGUCCUGAACUUAAUCCAUCGCAGACAACGCGUCUAACAAGCGAUAAAAUGAUGUCAAGUCAAAGCUCAAAUGGAAACUUCAGAUUGAAUGAUGAUAACAACAUGUUGGUGGCGUUUGCUCUACAUGCAAUGGAAGAUCUUCCAAGUUUAUGUACAGCAGAAGGAUCUGUGAAAAUUCUUCCGACAAUUCUUUAUUUAACGACGGGGGUCAUUCAGGAAAUGGCAACUAAGUCAAUUCAUGACAGUACAAUUGUUGCAAAUUGUGCAUCUAUUCAAGCGGCUCUUCAUCUGCUCAAAACUUUGACGACACACAAAUAUUCGAACGAUGACAAAUCAUGCGACGAAUGGCGAAAAUUUCUGCAAAGUGCUUUAGCCAAAAUUAUUGAUUUAACAAAAACUGGGCCGAAAGAUGAUAAGAAAUUAGACGAAGUGACGAUGAUGCUAGCAAUCGCUGUUUUUAUCUUGCACACACCGAAAAUCGUGAUGAUGCCAACAUUUCAAUAUCCAUCGAUUAAUCUUUUCCGUCAAUGCUUCCAAAGCGAUUCGAAUUUGGUUCGUUUGAAGUGCGUGCAAACAGUGAAAUCGAUUUUUUUGAAUGCUGAAUUGAAGGUUGCGACACCUUACAUUCACGCAAUAGCGCCGAGAAUUAUAGAAAAUCUAUUCGCUGACAACACGAAAACACCGAAGGAUGAAAUUGAAUUGGCGUUGGUUUUGGAAAGCAUCACAACUGUUGAUUCUUUAAUCACGUUGGCGGAACCACAAAAUCAAACAUUUCGUGACGAAUUUAAAUCUCUCAUGAGUCAAUCACCUGAAUUGAGGAUGAAAUUGGAAUCGGCUGUAAGAAAUCAGCAACAAGCGGCGAGUAUUCAAAAGACGUCACUUGAAACAGAAGCUGAAAAUAAGACAUCAGUUCAAGCUCAACAACCAUCGAUCAAAUUGAAAACAAAGUUUGAGUUUUCUUAAAAACUUGUAAUGAAAACGUUUGCUAGAAAAUUUCUUAGAUAUAUCAACUUUAAUUGACUGAAGUGUGAAGGUGAUGUAAGAGAAUGCUAAAAUAUUUAUUCAAGAAUGAUUAAAGUUGCUAUUAAUUUUACUUAUCUACAGUUUAUUUACCAUUUUAGUCGCAUUUUAAAGUUUUAUUUUUAUAACGACAGAUAAUUUUUCAUUUAAAAAUGUAUUUUAAUUAAAAGAAAACAAAAAUGUGUAGUAGAGAGAAAUCUUCUGAAUUAAUAAACAAAAUAUAUAAAAGAAAUGUU